CCGGCGCUGGAUUAGACCUCAGUGCCCGGUGGCCGCCUCCAGAGUUCCAGACUGCCUGAGAGCCACCGGAGCAUCCGCCGCACACUUGCCUCCUCGGCUCGGCAACCUUAACCCGCCACUGGAAGCAAACUCCACUCCGAGAAGCCGCAGGGAUGCCGUCGAAUAAAAACACCCAAGGAGGGAAAACAUUCGGACUUUUAAAGGAGCAACAAAGGCAGAAACUGGAGGAAAUAAACAAGGAAUUCCUGGAAGACCAGAAGUACAGGGAUGAAGAUGACCUCGCUGAUAAAUUGGAGGGCUUCAAAAAUAAAUAUGCUGAAUUCGACCUGAAUGACCAAGGCGAGAUAGAUCUGAUGGGCUUGAAGCGCAUGAUGGAGAAGCUGGGCGUCCCCAAGACCCACUUGGAGCUGAAGAAGAUGAUCAUGGAGGUGACGGGCGGCACCAGCAGCAACACCAUCGACUACAGGGACUUUGUCAAGAUGAUGCUGGGCAAGCGCUCGGCUGUGCUCAAACUGGUCUUGGUCUUCGAGGACAAAGCCAACGCGUCGCCGUGCAAGCCUGACGGCCCCCCUCCAAAGCGGGACAUCGCCAGCUUGCCUUAAGCCUCAACAGACCGCCAGUCCGAUUCUUUUGUCAACGCGGCGGCGCGCCGCGAGGGCCCGGGACCACCGAUGGACUGAAGCUGUGUUGUCAUGUACGGUGCGUGCAAGGUGUCCCAUGUUUUUAUAUCUUUUUUUGUUUAGACUUGAGCCGGCAGCUCACUAAAUGAUGUUUGACUGUGAAUAUUUUUAAAUAAGACGUAGCAUCCAUGGUGUACAUCUCCUCCACAUGUGUAUAGUCCAGUGUUUGAUGCCCGUGCAUUAAGGGAAGAUGCGUUUUUUGGGUUUUUUUUUUUUUCUUAGAGAAGCACAAGCAGCUUUCUUUCGUCCCAUUUCCGCAGCAGGGAUUCUCGCCAUGCCGGUCUCGGCGCCAGAGAUUACAGGCCCAUUCCCGCGGGGAUUGGAAUACUGAUCUGGAAUCAGUAACUAGCUUAUCGUGUCCGCCUGGUGAAAUAUUUGUAUGCAUUUUUUUUUUUUUUUUUUUUUUUUUCGAAACACGCUCGCGGUCUGAGGUCAAGCGCGGCGUGAAAUUGAGGGCACGAUAACGCACAAAAGUACAAUCACGUUCUUUCCAAGUGCCUCGAAGAGGGAGAGCGUGCAAAUGUUGUCUCAGCAGUAAAUAACUCCAACACACCCUUGAAAUCGUCUACUUUUCAUGAACUUUGUGGUACUUUGUACAACGCUCGAAAUGAGCUCUGUUUUUAAAGAGAGACAACAGAAAAAAAAAAAGUGGUGUGACUCCCUCCCCCGCUUCCCCCUUUCUUUCGGUAACGCGCCGUCAUUGUGGUCGUAAAAGUUGUUUAUUCAAGUCACAUGUUGUAUUUUAACAUUUCACCGCCGUGUUUUCUCCGUGUGCUGUGAUUGGUCUCCGGUCUCCUCCUCCCCUUCGCACUGUUGACUGUGAAACUGUCCUCCACUACUUUUAGAUCAUAUUAUUGCCUUUUUUAAGCUGUUUUUUUUUGUUUACACUGUGUUAGCUAGUAGAUGCAUACUUUUUUUUGCAGACACCAAAGGAAUUAAACAUUUCUUCCGA